AGAGGAGAGUGAAGACUUCAAGAUUGAAGAAACCUUCAGUGUGAAACAAGAAGAAACGGAGGAACACACAGAUCUGAUGGCACUGAAAGUGGAGAGUCAAGAACUAAAUGAAAUGGAAGAGAAAGAUCAGUAUGGGAAACAUCAUGAUUUCACAAAUGGAGAAAACUCUUUUAGUUGCUCACAGACUAAAAAGAUUUCCUCACAAAAAACGAGUUUCACUGAAAAACGACACCUUAAAUUCCACGUGAAAAUUCAUACUGGAGCAAAUCGAUACAGAUGUAAUCAGUGUGGAAAGAGUUUCACCAAAAAAAACGGCCUUAACAGGCAUGUAAACAUUCACACUGGAGAGAAGCCUUUUCCCUGCCAACAGUGUGGAAAGAGCUUCAAUGAUAGAUAUCACCUUAAAGGCCACAUGAGAAUUCACACUGGAGAGAAGCCUUUUACCUGCAAACAGUGUGGAAAGAACUUUGCUGAAAAAGGACACCUUAAAACCCACAUGAAUAUUCACACUGGAGAGAAGCCUUUUCCCUGCCAACAGUGUGGAAAGAGCUUUGCUGAAAAAGGAUACCUUAAAAAACACAUGAGAAUUCACACUGGAGAGAAGCCUUUUUCCUGCAAAUUGUGUGGAAAGAGCUUCAAUGAUAGAUAUCACCUUAAAGGCCACAUGAAUAUUCACACUGGAGAGAAGCCUUAUACCUGCAAAUUGUGUGGAAAGAGCUUCACUGAUAAAGGAAACCUUAAAAAACACAUGAGAAUUCACACUGGAGAGAAGGCGUUCACCUGCCAACAGUGUGGAAAGAGUUUCACUCAAAAAGAACAUCUUGACGGCCACAUGAGAAUUCACACUGGAGAGAAGCCUUUUACCUGCAUAUUGUGUGGAAAGAGCUUCAGUGAUAAAGGAAACCUUAAAGUCCACUCUAGAAUUCACAAUGGAGAGAGGCCCUUCACAUGUGAUCAGUGUGGAAAGAGUUUCAAAUAUAAAAUAUCCCUUAAUUGCCACUUGAGAAUUCACUCAAGAAGUGUGGAACAUUUUUCUAAACGGACACCAAAAAGGACACCUGAACCCUCUGUGGUUGACUAACACGGCAGAGCAUUCUGCUGUUGUUGUUUUUCACGUAGUAAAGAAAUCUAUCUACAAGACUCUAAC